AUGGCUGAAGAGUUAGAAGAGCUGUGGAAGAAGUUAUCCUUCACUGAGGAGGAGGAUGAAAGCAUAGUUUUAGGAAGUAGUACGACAGAAGCUGCUAAGGCGAUAGGAAAAAAUUGUCUCGUUAUGAAGGUGCUCUCCACAAAGAGCAUAACCAUUGAGGCACUUAGAAAGAACCUCAGAAUGGUCUGGAAACCAAGUAAGAGUGUCCAGAUAAACGAGGUGGAGGAUGAGUUAUAUCUUGUGGAGUUUGGGGAUGGGAGGGAUAAGAAAAGAAUAUUGGAGAUGUGUCCUUGGACGUAUGAGAAGUCCCUGAUCUUGUUAAAGGAGUUUGAAGGUGAGCAGGUCCCUAAGGAUAUCUCCUUGUGGCAGUCUCCGUUCUGGGUGCAGAUACACAAUCUCCCGUUAAAGAGUAGAACUAGAGAAACGGGGCGGGUGAUAGGGACAAGUUUGGGUGAGGUGAUGGAUGUGGACGUUUCGGAAUCGGGAGUUAACUGGGGUAAGUAUCUACGGGUAAGGGUGAUGAUGGACGUUACGAAAAAAUUAGUGAGAGGGAAGAGGAUUGUCAUUGAGGGAGGGGAGCAACGGUGGAUAACGUUCAAAUACGAGAGGUUACCAAAUUUUUGUUACAAGUGUGGCCUGCUUAACCACGGGGUCAAGGAUUGCAAGGAAGAGAAUGGCUCAGGUGCUAAUAUGGAGCAUAACAAUCUCCAGUACGGGGCGUGGAUGCGGGGUGAGGUGCCAAGAAAAGGUGGAGGAGACUUCACAAGGUUUGGACUUGAGGAUGAGCGGUUCAGUAAGGGUGGUCCGGUGCGUAACUCGGUGGGGGGUCAAAUGCCUCUAAAAGAAACGCCGGACGAACGGCGGGAGGUGGGAAAUGUGCCCGAGUCAACAACGCCAGUAACAGAGCUUUAG